UGGUACACGGAGAUCCCCGUCGUGUCGCGCGUCUACCUGACGGCGAGCUUCGUGACCACCGCGGCGUGCGCGCUCGACCUCGUGAGCCCGUUCGCGCUCUACUACAACUUCAGCCUCAUCUUCCACAAGGGCCAGCUCUGGCGCCUGGCGACGAACUUCUUCUUCUUCGGCAUGUUCAGCCUCGACUUCCUCUUCCACCUCUACUUCCUCGUGCGCUACUGCCGGCUGCUCGAGGAGGGCGAGUUCCGCGGGCGCACGCUCGACUUCGUCGUCAUGCUCGGCUUCGGCGCGGGCGUCAUGCUGCUCUUCGCGCCCCUGCUGAGCGUCCACUUCCUCGGGUCGUCCCUCGCCUUCAUGAUGGUCUACGUCUGGGGCCGGCGCAACGACGCGGUCCGCAUGUCGUUCCUGGGGCUCUUCCCGUUUACCGCGCCGUACCUGCCCUGGGUGCUCCUGGCCUUCUCCGUGCUCCUGGGCAACCCGGCGACGACGGACCUCGUCGGCAUCGCCGUCGGCCACGCCUACUACUACCUCGAGUACGUCUACCCGAAGCUCGCGGAGAUCCGC